CAUGCGGUCAGGCUACCUACUGCUAGCUCGCCGUCCAGUAGUAGUGUCCAGAGCCAUGCUGUCAAGCUACCUACUGCUGCUGUGUCUUCCUCUAGCCCUGGCCUCCCCCGCGCCGUCGCCCCAACACUGGUCUAACAGCAGGGUAAAUGGUGGAUACUUCAGUGCUGGUUUUGCAGAUCUAUACAGAAGAGAAGACUUUGACUUCAGUCCCAAUCAGGACAGAGUGUCAGAUGCAUAUGCUGCCCUCACAGGAGCAAGAGGAGAUGAUUUCCAAUCUCACAAAGAAGAAAACACAAAUGCGAGAAGGAGAGAAGACACAACGUUUUCACCUUACGACAACGAGAUAUUGAAAAAGGAAGGAAUUACAACAAUAGAAAUACCUAAAAACACACAAGCAGACGAAAUACACCAGUCUACAUCACAUAAUACUUUCACACUGGGUCUUAGACCAAAAAUUGAAUUAUUACCAAAAUAUAAAAUUCAAAUAGAAACGAAUAAUUUUAACACAACAGUAGAACAACUAGCAGUUGUUAACAACACUGUACCAACAAAUCAAAACGAUUCACUGAAUACAAUUCCAGAAGAAGACGAAAAUGAUAAAAAAGAAAAGUUUGAAAACCAACAACAUAUUGACUAUUCUGAUAUACCCCUCAAUCAGUAUUCUGAUUAUGAUAACCAAAAUGUUCAGCAAUUUGAAUAUCCAUUAGAUUACGAUCAUGAAAUACAAGUGACUUUAGGACCAGAUUACCAACAAUACGACUACCAAGACGAAAAUUGGCAGCAGUUUACCCAAGGUCCUGAAAUUUAUAUACAAGAAACUGAAAAAAUUCCUACCUUUGACUUUGGGUCUCAAUCUACAGAAAAUGAUGUAAGAAAUAAACCUACAGCAGAGCCGUACCCUACGGUAGUAACAACAGCAAAUCCAAAAUUAACAUCAGAAUGCAAUUGUGACAAAGUUCAGACAACAUUAACAGUACAUGGUUCCAAAAAGCCUGAUGAUAUAGGAAAAACUACUACAAUUACACCAAAAGAUGAUAGUACAGAUAGUAUGACUGCUGAUAAUACAAUAUCAAAAGAUCCUACUUCUAAUCCAACCACAGAAAUUACUCAUACAACAAAAGACACAUCUAAAAAUCACGACACAGACAUGAUAUUCAAUGGACAAGCGACCACUCAACCCACCAAUGAGAGACAGCCUCACAAUCCUUGUACUGGCCACAAAACUCCAGAGGUCCAAACUGGCCAGGAUCUUCCACCACCUUGUACUGGUUAUAUAUUACCUGACUGUAAAAGUACAAACAAUCAAAAGCCUUGUGUUACUACUGAAUAUCCAAAACAUACAACAGGAUGCAAAGGAAAGGAAUCAGAGAUAACAACAGAAUGUCAUGAUGAUCAACAAAGUACAGAUAAUGUAGUGGAAAAACUAACAACUGUUAAUCAAAAUAGUUUAGAUUCAACUACUCAACAUAUAAUAGUUGAACAUGAAACUGAACAUACAACAGAGUUCACCGUGCUUGACAUAACUACACACGAUCAAAGUCCAAUGCAACCAACAAUAGAAAAUUCAGUAACAGAAACCAACAAAGAUCAGAAUCAACCAACUCACUCCCAUAGUGAACAAGACGUACCAGUUACUACAACACACCCUACCCAUUCAAGUACCGGUCAUGAACCGAAAGGAAGCCAAGAGGAAACACAUAAAGAACAGCCUGAGAUAACUACAGAACCGAGAUUUCCUGUUUAUCAAAGCACAGAGCAUGUGAUGUCAGAGGUACCAACAGGUCUGUAUACAGUUAAAGACAAUGUACAACCUGAGCUGACGAGCACUGAAAUUGAAAUUCCAGCUAACUUACCUGAUCAAAAACCUUGCACAGGCAAUUUUAUGCCUGAGCAACCAAGUAAAGAACAUGAGGUGCCACAAGUACCAUCAGAUCAACAACCAAACACAGACAUUAUACAACCUGAACAACCAUGCGUAGGCAAUGUUAUGCCUGAGCAACCAAGUAAAGAACAUGAGGUGCCACAAGUACCAUCAGAUCAACAACCAAACACAGACAUUAUACAACCUGAACAACCAUGCGUAGGCAAUGUUAUGCCUGAGCAACCAAGUAAAGUACAUGAGGUGCCACAAGUACCAUCAGAUCAACAACCAAACACAGACAUUAUACAACCUGAACAACCAUGCGUAGGCAAUGUUAUGCCUGAGCAACCAAGUAAAGAACAUGAGAUGUCACAAGUACCAUCAGAUCAACAACCAAACACAGACAUUAUACAACCUGAACAACCAUGCGUAGGCAAUGUUAUGCCUAAGCAACCAAGUAAAGAACAUGAGGUGCCACAAGUACCAUCAGAUCAACAACAAAACACUGACGGAGUACAACCUAAACAACCAACCACUGGAAAUGAAAUGCCAGAUGUACCAUUGGAUCAACAACCAAACAAAGAUAGUGUGCAACCUGAACAACCAAGUACUGGAAAUGAGAUGCACGAUGUACCGUCAGAUAAUCAACCAGACAAAGAUAGUUUUCAGCCUGAACAACCAAGCACAGGAAAUCAGAUGUCAGAUAUACCAUCAGAUCAGUACCCGAGCACAGAUGUACUGCCUGUGGAAUCUAGCCACUAA